AUGAUCGACGCAACCGGCGCUCUGGUCUACAAACCCGAGUACGAACAUGAGUCCAUCCAUUACAAAGAAAGCGCCAUCAGCGGCGCUUACGCGGGUUGCAAACUUAACGUCCCCGACGAAGACCCUGUGGAUGAGUACAUCCGCGGUAAGAUCAAGGCGAUGCUCGAUCUCGUCGAGCAGAGCGUCCAGAGUCGUGUCAGGUCGGUGAACGACGCGCUCACGAUCGGCUUAGCCCAGGCCGUGAAGGUAUUCUACGCAGCGACUGCACCGGUCACAGAUGGCUACCGCAACGUCGUCGCUGCGCCGUCUCGGCUACACGCACGUUUGAACAAGGAAAAGCAGGCGAUCAAGGCUGAGCUGGAGCUGAUACGGCUGAGACUGGCGGAGGCGAGGCUAUAA